GUUUGUCGCAGGAUUUCUGUGUCAUACACCAAACCCCUGGCUGCCUCUUCGACGCGGCAGCAUUAAUGUGAUGCUAACAAUAAUGAUCAAUUAAAAAUCAAAUAUCUGCGAAUAUGUGAAGCUCUAUAAACGAUGUAUCGGGGUCGAUACCUUAAGGUGCACCCUUUGACACCAUGUCACCAUGCCCAAUGCCAAGUGUCAGCUGUAAAGCCCCCCAGCAUUGAGCUCCAGAGCAGUAAAACAUUCUCUGGAGUGAUGGAGCUCCAUCCAAAACCUUUGGGAUUAGUUGGAGAUCCAAAGCUGAUCAUCCAACGUCAGUAGCUAACCUCACUAAUGCUUAUGUGGCCGAAUGCAAUCAAAUCCAGUGCUGUUCCAAUAUCUAGAGUAAAGCCUUCACAGAAGAGUAGAGGCUGUUACCGAGCAAAGGAGCAGCAAACUCCCUAUUAAUAACUUUGAAUUCAGAAGAAACGCUGGAUGAGCAGUGCUCCUGUAGGCCAGCUGCAGCCAGAUAAACCAGGAUGCCUCAAAAGAUGCUGAAGAGUGCCCAUUACAUUGAGCUGGGCAGCUACCAGUACUGGCCAGUUCUCGUGCCAAGAGGAAUCCGAUUGUACACUUACGAACAGAUCCCUGUGUUUCUGAAGGAGAACCCGUACAUUACGGAUGGAUACAGAGCACACCUGCCCUCUAAACUGUGUCUGAAAAGCAUGUUCAUUCUGUCCAAUGAGACGGUGAAUAUCUGGAGUCAUCUGCUGGGCUUUCUGCUGUUUUUCUUGCUGGGUGUGAAUGACAUGUCCUCAGUGCUGCCGGCCGCAGGUGCUUCCAGAGAGGACUAUGUCAUCUACUCUAUUGGGCUGUUUUGCUUUCAGGUUUGCAUGUUGUGCUCUGUGGGCUAUCACCUUUUCUGCUGUCAUCGCUCAGAGAAGACCAGUCGCCGCUGGCUUUCACUGGACUAUGCUGGGAUCUCUGUUGGCAUCCUGGGCUGCUAUGUCCCAGGGGUCUUCUAUGCCUUCUACUGCAACAGUUUCUGGCGGCAGGUCUACCUGGUGACAGUUCUUGCUCUGAUUCUGGCCGUGUUCUCAGCUCAGAUCCACCCACUCUACCACACGCAGGAGUGGAAGACGCUGCGCUCUGCCAUCUUCUGCUCUGUGGCGGGCUAUGGCAUCAUCCCUGCCUGCCACUGGGUGUGGCUCAAUGGAGGCUUCCACGCUGAGAUUGUGCAGGCAUUUUUCCCACGUGUCAUGGUCAUGUAUCUGCUUGCUGCUUCUGCCUUCCUGUUCUACAUCAGUAAAGUCCCUGAACGCUACUUUCCAGGGCAGCUGAACUACCUAGGUGCCAGUCAUCAGCUUUGGCAUGUAUUGGUGGUGCUGAUGUUCUACUGGUGGCACCAAACUGCUGUCUACAUCAUGCACUACAGACACAGUCAGCCAUGCCAUGAGCACAGCAGCGGCAGCGUUGGCUAGUGGAGCUUUCACAUCAGCUGGUCUACAGACUAGUAGGCGCUAGACACACCCCAUCAUUACUUCGGAAUGAGCUAGAGCAGUGGUUCCUAGUCCAAGUCCUAAAGUAAAAACUGCACAGUUUAGUGUCUUUCCUGCUUAAACAUAGCACUUUCUAAUCGCCAGCUAAUUCUAAAUCUAUUUAUAAGCUGGGUUAGGUUAUUAAAGCAGGGGCGACACUAAAAAUAUAAUCAUUUUUAUUCAUGCACAAACUGUACAUCCAGUUUUCUGAGACUAGGAAACAGUUUUCUACCUCAUCCCUGCUCUCAAGCUGCGUGGGGUAGAGUUGGAUUUGGGAUUAGAGCGUUGGAUUUUCUGUUACAGACUAAAUAUAAGGCUUUUCAAGGACACACACAAUCCAAAGCAGUACAUUUGAUUAUUAAGGAGUAAUCGUGUAGCCAGUAUGAACGUAUCAUUCUAAGACUGCCUGUAAAACUUGUACCUUGACUUGAAUGUGAAACUUUUUUAGGCAUUCAUCUGAGUGUGGGGAGUGCAUAAUAUUCAGAUUCUCAAAUGUGUAAACUUUUUUAGUGACUUUUUGAACUGCAAUUUCAUGUCACGCUCUUUCCUUAAUGGCAUUAGCGUAGUUUUUUGGUACAUUUCUAAACUCAGUUACAUUGUCAUUGCACUAGAUUAAAUAGGAAUUCCACCCAUUUUUUUCCAAAAGUUCUGCGUAAUUUAGUCAUUAAGAUAAUAACUAAAGUCAUUGCCGACUCAGAAUUGUUCACAGUGGCGAUAAUAGGAACCAGACUUCUGAAGAGUUUAAUGCCAAUGAAAGCUCUCUUGCGGAUCGUUAUUACAUGAAAUGGUUAUGAAUAUGAUGCCUGAGACAUUGUUUACGAUAGUUUGAGAGGAUUUUGGCCUAAAACAUAUUUCUUAAAAAAUCCAUUCACGCAGGAGAGGUGCCUGCAGGGCGUUGUACAGCAAAAUAAUCUCUAAAGAAAACCUAUUUUUCGGAUUUCAGCAUUCAGCUUUAAUUCAGCAUUAUCAACAAGAUGUGUGUAGGUUUUGGUGCUUUUGGAAAGUAAAUAAACUUUGUGUUGUAGACUUUAUGACCCCUGGUUCCUAUCACCACCACUGUAAAGAAAUCCCAGUCACUAAGUUCCAUUACAAUGAGCAACUUUACAUCAGAGCACUGAAUGACUGUCAUUAACAGAAAGAUUGAAAAAUCAGUGAAGUUCACCUUUAAGCCAAAUCUUAAACAUUAUACUGUCAGUAAUUUGGCAUUAAAAAACAUUUUUAGUCAAGAACGUAAGUUAUAUCUGGAAUACUAGCACAGUGGCGAGGAGGCACUUAUAAUCAGGGCUGCACCGAUAUGGGAAUUGUGGUUUGAUUUCCAAUAUUUUUCAAGCACAUACCUGCCAAUACAUAAAUAUUUAUAAAAUGUUGGAAUUGGGACUAGCUGCACCUGGCUUAGCAUGGCAGAGAAAUGUAACACUUGUAUAUAGAAGGUUAUACAUGCUGUAAAAAGAAUAAAGUGCUAAUUUUUUUUAGCACAUUUGAUAUGAUUCUAAUAUCAUCAUGCAUCCCUACUUAUAAUGGUACAACACAACACAAUUUCAUUGUUUUAAUGGUAUUCUUGUGAAUCAAGUUCCAUGAUUUUACGUACCUCUUAUUUGCCUUCCGACACGAAACCUAAGGGUCCCUGUGCAAUGAUUAUCUCAAAAUGGGUCGAUCAAUCUCACAGCCUGAGCAAAAUCGUAGUUUUUUUCUUUCCAUUUUCUCUGCCAUACGUGCCCAUUGAUUUACGAUGUGAACUUUUUCAACUGAGCCUUUUAUACAUAGCACUGACAAAGUCUGGGUACUGCUGUUCUUUCCUCUGUUACUUUUCCUUGUUAUUCUUUGAUUUAUCUUAUGCUGAAACAAGUUGUGAUGUUGACUGAAUCAUAUAAAGUAUUGCUAAUGAAUUUUGUUGUACUGUAACUGCUGUGUGUGGGCAUUUUGUUACUUGUAUCUAUUUUUGUUUUGGGAUAUGACACAUGGUGAGAGGCUGUGUAGUUUGUAAAAACGUUACAUUGAAGUUACUUGAACAAAUAUAUGUGAAUUGAAGAACAAAUAAUGUUGGUCUACUGAAACUGAUAUAGGUGUUAUUUUUAAGGAUUUAAAAUGGUUUCAAGGCCCACGGAAGGUCAGUACAUAGCACUGUGGCCAAGGCCAAUUUUUUCACCCUGAGCCGAUAAACAUGGAAUAUAUCCGAAUGCUCACAGCGAAACCUGUAUUAAUGCCUCUAUCAUGUUGCCUUUUAUUUCUCCAUUGUUUUUGGGGUUGGCCUUAGUUCUGUCUUUGUUGAACAUUUGUUAUGUUUUGGAAUGAUAAGAUUGUACAUAUCUGAAUGCUGUUACUGAAUCAGAAUAAAUUCUUUCUACUGA